AUCGUGCCAUGGGCGACACAGUUGAUUAUCGUUGGCGAUGAUUGCGAAGACGGAGCCUUGUGUUGAUACCAACCGUUGACGUAUCUGAAAUAGUAUAUAAGGUCCCCAAGAACCCUUGUAUUUUUGAUAUUGGCAACACCUUUCACGACUUACAAGACUCAAGGAUCGUCGUGUGAGUUAGUCAAUCCACUAAUGCAUUUGAGGUUUCCAGCCACCACGACAUUUUCCCUCAGACCGUCUUCUACUCGAACCUCGCCGCCUCCUCUGAUUGUGAGCUUCGCCCAAAGACAUUCAGCAGUGUGCUACACCACGAGUCCACGGGAAUUAUUUAGCAUCAACAUGUCCAAAUCCAAGGGGCAUGUUGUCGUUAUCGGCGCCGGCGUAAUCGGCCUGUCCUCCGCCCUCGCCCUCCUCGAAGCCAACUACACCACCACCAUCCUCGCCAAAGACCUUCCUGCCCCCUUUGAAUCCAUCGAUCCCCGAUCCCAAAUCAACUUCACCUCCCCCUGGGGCGGCGCCCACAACCGCUGGGUGCCCCCCUUCCCACCCUCCUCCUCCACUCCUUUAACCCCCACCCAACAAGCCGAGCACGCCCUCCGCAUCCGCGAACACGCCUUUUCCCUCUCCACCUUCCACCGCAUGCAACGUUUCCAGAACCAGGGCCAGGACCAACAGGCGGGCAUCACCUUCCUCAAGGGAAUCGAAUACCUCGAAUCUCCCGGGCCCGAGUACACCUCCCUGACCGCCCAGCGGGCGUCACAAGAGCUAGGACUACCCGGCCACUUUCGCGUCCUGGAGUCUCACGAGUUCCCCGAUGACAAGAUUCAAUGGGGCUGCGAGUACGACACGUGGUGCGUAAACCCGAUGCAAUACUGCUUGUUCCUCUUGGGGCAGAUCAUUGCCAGGGGCGGGAAGGUGUUUAAGCGGGAAGUGCGUUCUGUCGGGGAAGUGUUCCAGUUAUUCUCCGACUCGGUCCAAGAAUUCGGAGCGACAAUCCCCCAAGCGGACGCGGUGGUGAACGCCACCGGCAUCGGAUUAGGUGACGACGAGAUGGUAUUCCCCACUCGGGGACAGACGUGCUUGGUGCAGGAACCGUGCGAUGCGACGGUGACGAGACAGAAUGCGGAUGGGACCUGGACGUUCUGUGUACCCAGAGGGUUCAAGGCGGGCACCAUUAUCGGCGGGACGAAGGAGCCAGAUAACUGGGAUCCGAAGCCGGACCCGGAGGUGAGGGAGAGGUUGUUGAGGGCGUUUGAGGGGACGUAUCCGAGCAUAUUGGCAGAUGGGAAGACGCGGUUGACGCCGGUGAGGGAUAUCGUGGGGAGGAGGCCGACGAGGAAAGGGGGGUUGAGGCUGGAGGGGGAGGUGGUGGAUGGGGCUGGUUUCGUGAUGCAUGCCUAUGGGUUGGGAGGGAGAGGGUAUGAGCUGUCUUGGGGUGUGGCGGAGAGUGUGGUUGAGGGCAUUCAGGGGCAUCUUGAGAGCGAGAAGGGUUCGAGGUUGUAGAACCACGGCUCGAUGUAUAAGUCAACAUAUGUCAUGAAAUUGAAUUUUCACUUCACUGACUUGUUGCUGAAAGGGCAUUCUAGUCCAAUCGUUAUUAUUGUCUAUCGUAUAUUGACGUUCUAA